UUCAAUUCAGUUCUAACUUCAGCUCUCCAGAAGCAGUUCAUGACAGUAACAUAUUGUGGUUCAAAAUUCGUCACACAAAAAAAAAACAGAAUGGAAGAAAAAUAUUUUAUCUGGGACGAAAUCUACGAAGGCCUCGUUUUGUCAGGACCAUCCAAGACCGAGGAUGAGAAAAAGAAAGACAGUAGGACAAAAUCGCAGGUCACAGAAGCGAAAAUUUAUUGCCCUCAUAAACGUCUAAUUUUCAAUUUCAAAGAGACGCUCAACUUCUCCGAACAGACCAAGUUCCGCAAGUACUACCUCCGCCCCCAGUCAUCCCCGGAUGUGAUCCUGCUCCAGGAUGUCAAGGAUCUAGUCCUGUAUCUACUAUCAUCUCCAUCUAGCCUGGAACUGAUCGGUUUUCUGCACCUACCGAUCGUCGACCGAUUUCUGCGCGCCCUGAUCCUCUACCUGCAGCACUACCUGACUACCUGGUCCGAACUCGGAGCAAAACGUGCCGCAACGGCAAAAAGAGCUUCGAAUCCCCUUGCCGGAGGUACCAGGGUCCAACGCGCCGAGGAGAUGCGCGCGCUGAGGUGCCUCCUCGCCAGGGAGUAUACCGAUCUCCUGAUGGGCUGUCAAAGCGACGCCAGGAGGUACCAUCACGCCGGAGGCGGCGUCGCGUCCUUCGCCCAGAGCAAUCCUGAGAAGGACCUCAGGAUCUACGAGGGACUAAUCCAGUUCGCGCAUAGGGUCGCCUGGAUCGCCUUGGAGCGCAAGCAAAAGGAACUGAUCGAAGUGGAAAUGCAUCGGCUGUUUAGAAGCGAGUCGUUCAACACUGCUAAAAGAAAGUGCGGUGAAAGCUGCUGGGAAGUACCGGAGGACGAGCGCUGGAUACUCUACGGACCGCGGAUGCCUGCGCGGCGGAAAAUUCGCAGCAACUCUCCGCUGCCCCACGAGAUUCUCUACACCGAUUGCGACUACCGUAUCUUGUCCGUCGCUUUCACGAACGACGAGUCUCGCGAUCCUCAAAUUACGUAUCUGCAGAACGCGCUCCUUGCCAGAGAAGAGGAUCUGCCGCGACUGGGAAUCAAGGUGGGAAUUUUGGGCUUUCCUCGGACGGACUUUGAUAUAUUGCUGAUACCUCAGACAAGCGAGGACGACCUGCAGGCGAUGCUCGACGACGCGCCAGUCGAAGACGUCGAGAAAGCCGACGACUAUGAAACGCUGAUGCCUUCCUGCGGCCCUGAUCCAGAGUCGACGAAGCCGUUCCCUCUGGAUAGAUCCAGUCCGCGCUGCGUAGGCGACGAGAAAAUUCGUAACGACAGCAGAAAAAAGUGGAUGAUGCGCGAGCUGAUGCGUGCCUCCUCUAAUUACGCAGAGGUCCAAUCCAUAUCGAUAGCGAACUGAUGACAAAGACACGCAGGGAUAUUGUGAUGAGAUACAAAAUUGAAUUGUUUUCUCUGUUAUAUUUUUGUUUGUUUUUCUGUAAAAAAUUUAUUUGCGUCACGACUGCGUUUCUCGGAUGUACGUUGUUAUAAAGAUUUGUCUAAAUAUUUCUA